CAAACCCCGCCUAUCCUAGUUGGAGCACACGCCCUCAUCUUGUUGUGGUUAUGCUUUGUUAGCCAGCUACUGUUGUUAGCUAGCUAACUAUCGUUGGUUAUCACAGGGAAAGACGCAUUUAGCCAUCUUAUUUGUAUCUUAACAAAUUGCCAUACUUACUAUUGAAGAUGAAUAAGACAGCCGUUUGAUUCGAAGGAUAUCCCUUCUCUCAAUUCAUAGGUAACGUUAAGUAACAUAGUUAGCUAACUUUAGCUACUAUAGGCACUGCAGUUUGCUAUCAAUAUUGGCAGUUAACUCUGAACAUCUAGCGUUAUUCGCCUGCUACAACGGUAGCUAGUUAAUGUUAUUGCGUAUUUCAAGUAAUAUUCACUAACCUUGUGUCUGGCAUUCGCCAAGUAGCUAGUUAGCUAUCUCCAUAGAUUAAUGUAGCUAGCUUAUAUUAUGUUUUAUUGGUAACCUUGUUGCGCUAACGUUGCUAGCUAGCCAGGUUACUAGCCAUCAUUGUUUACAUUUCCGAGUCAAGGUUACUUCGUUUAUACAACAUCUACUGUAGCUAUGCAAUAAUAUUGACCUGACUACGAACUUAGUCACCACUAUAUACCACCACUAAUGACACAGCCAGGCAGCCAGCUCUCUUUGUCAGCAGUUGAAAACUUAGCUUAUACACCUGUUGACAACCAUGUUUGAUCUUGUCCUAUAGGAUGACACGGAGGUGUACUGCGGCUCCGGGGAGAUGACCUGCACCCCCCUAGGGCAUGGUCAGGAUGGGGCCAGAUGUGCCCCUGCUCAAUGAAUACAAACAGGAGUUCUUCUGGAAGCGCUUCCCUCAGACAGUGCUGGGGGGUCCGCGCUUCAAGUUGGGCUACUGCGCCCCGCCUUAUGUCUAUGUCAACCAGGUGGUCUUGUUCUUGACACCAUGGCUGUUAGGUGGCAUUGGCACACUGCUGUGCCAGCUGCAACUGCUGGAGGAGCUCCACGCUGCCAUGCUCUCUGGUCUGCUCAUGCUUGGGGCAGCAGUGGGUGUGCAGGCUCUGGCACUAUACGCUGCCCGCAGGAAUGGCAUGGUGGAGCGGCUGGGAGUGCCCAACAUCCUGGCUGAUGAGGAGGAGGUGGAGUUCACCCACUGUGUAGGCCCAGAGACGGUGAGGUUCAUCGCCCCGGGGAAGAGGUUUGGGCUGAAUGUGGUGCUUCACACCGUGCUGGCAGGGGCCCUCUGUGGCCUGGGGACAUGGUAUGUGCUCCUGGGCAGGUUGACUGCACUCUAUGGCAGUGUGGGUGUAGCCUUGGUGGUAUUUGUCCUGAGCUGGGUGACUCUGUGUACAGCGGAGUACUCCCUUAUCGUCAACACGGCCACAGAGACGGCCACAUUCCAGGCACAGGACACCUAUGAGAUCACCCCACUCACCCGACCACUCUACAUAUUAGCUUUCAUAGCUGUGGACCUAGCUGAUCGAUUUACAGGUCCAGUGCCAGAGCUCCAGCUAACCAGUCAGGUGCUUCAUGUGGUGUUCCUGGUCCUACCUCUGCUGUGGGCGCUGGGUAUGUUGUCACCACUGGACGCCCUCCUCCUUUGGGGCAUGGAACAGGCUCUGGUGUUCGGUUUGGGCGGCUCUCCUAUGUCCAGUAACCUUAGAUUGCUGGGGAUGUUCGCCAUGUCUGUAUGUGUUACUAUUUGUACCUUCUUCAUCCCGUCCACCUUGGGUGUAGUCCUCUUCUCGAUGGCCAUGGGGUUUCUGCUUAGUUUGGAUCUCAGCCAGUUUGGGACAUAUUGUGGAGGAGGGUCCAGGGGAGCCUGUGGUGACAGUGGAUGGCGUAGGGGGGCAUCACCUGCCCCUCCCAGCUGGUUUGGCUGGCGGCUGGGCUGCAGUGAGCUGCUGCUCUACCUGGGGAUGCUGCUUGGGGCCAUGACUGAGGCAGGGCUCUUACAUCACUUCCUCAGUCCCUCCCAGACCCAGAACUUGGCCAGGGGUUCUCAAGAUGCUGUCAGUUACCUCCUCAUCACCCUUUUCAUCGUCUGCUGGGCUCUCCGAGAGAUCCAAGGAGCCUAUGUUUUUGGAGGAGUGUUCCUCAACCCACUGUACCCAAGAGGAAUGGCCAAUGUCCGGGUGUUCAAGCAGCGGAGCAGGGGUCUCCACGUGGCUGGGGCUAUCAGGAGGGUGCUGCUCAAUCUGGUGUCUCCCUUUGCAAUGGUUGCUUUCCUGGCUCUGGAUGGCUCUGUUCAGCAGCUCCACACAGCCUCUCUCAGCGUGGGAUUCACCCGGGCCUUCAGAAUGGUGUGGCAGAGCUCUGAAGAUGCCCUGCUCCAGAUGGUGGUGGUGGUGUCAGUGAGGCUGGCUGCAGGGGACACCAGACUGCCUGGGUGGGACAGCGUGGGCACAGGGGUCCAGCUCCUUCUAGUGGGCCUGCUGAGUGAUAGGCUGCUCCAGUUCCUGUCCAAGCUGAAGUUUGCCCUGGCCGUGCUGGUGACCUCCUGGACAGAGAAGAAACAGCGACGCCAGUCGGCCGGGACCCUCCUGGUCCUGAACGCCUCCCUGUGUCCUCUGCUGCUCUCUGUGGUGGUCCUGUCAGCCAUGCUCUCUGCUCCUUUGCUGCCCCUCUUCACCCUGCCCAUCUUUCUGGUGGGCUUCCCCAGGCCUCAGCGCAGUUGGCCUGGGCCCGUGGGCACCGCCUGCCCCUGUCCAGACUCCAUCUACUACCAGCAGAUGAGUGGGAGCCUGGCCUGUGCUCUGAGGAGCGCCUUUGCCAGGGGAUCACUUGGUGCUCUGACUCCUGGCUCCCAUUUCCUGGGUCGCUUCCAGGACCGUGUGGUUUGGAUCAUGAUCUUAGAGCGAGGAUAUGGCUACUGUACUGUCAACAUCAAGGGUCUGGAGCUGCAGGAGACCUCGUGCCACACGGUGGAGGCUCGGAGGGUGGAUGAGGUGUUUGAGGGGGCCUUUGAGCGCCCUGAGCGGCUCGGCCUCAACCAGGGGAUAAACCUGCACUGGGGUAACGCCCUCACCCCAUGUGCUGCCCUGCCUGUGCGCGUCUACUCCGACGCCCGCAAUGUGCUUUCGGGCAUCAUUGACUCGCAUGACAACUUGAGGAAGCUCCAGGAUGACUUCCUGAAGGCCCUGGUGUGGCUGCUGCUGAGGAACUGUGUCCAGAGACUAAAGGCAUUCCCCUGGGGCACUGAGGAAGGGACAGGGGGCGGAGGCAGGAAGUCCCAGUCCUCCCAGCUUGGCCAAUCGACUGUCACCCAGCCUGCGGAGGCUAUCAUGGUGGAGUCCAACAUCUCCUCUCUCAAGUUUAGACGGGACAGCUCCAGUUUGACCUCCUUUGGGGACUGGUCAGAUGAGGAUGACCUGUUUGGGCCUCAGCCGGCCAGGCGGACAGUGGCGUUGGUGAGUACGGAGGCCCAGCUGGGACACACAGUGCUCCAGACAGGCCCCUCGCUGCCAGGCUCUGUGGAGAUGGACAGUCUGUUUGAGAACAUGGCCCUCUCUGCCCUUCAGCCCUUGCAACCUCUGGGUUUGGGUCUGGGUCUGCCAGCUGUGGACAAAGGAAGGAACCCUGAAGUCCCCCCCACAAAGUCCUCCGGCACCUUGGCCCAUGAAAACUUCAGUUCCCCCCACUCUGAGCUGUUCAGCCUGCCCCCUGGGUGGAGGACAGCCCCCUUGUUACCAUUCCGGUUACAGCAGCUCAGGCCUUUGUUCCCUGAGGAGUGGUUUCGGUUCACUUUGGGAAGGUUGGCGCUGGCCGUUCAGGACGACGCUUCGGAGGAUGUGGUCAAAGCCCUGAAGGAGGAUGGGGGGCUGAGGGACCUCCAUGCCCAGGUGGCACUGUCAUGCCUCAUCUCCCUGGGGGCAGAGUCUGCCUUCACCAGCCCCAGCUAUGUGUACAGGGUGUACAGUGGGGACGUGCCUUGGACAGAGGGGCUGAAGUGGCUCUCUGAAAACAAAGACCUUUACCAGCUUGCACUUAAGGCUUUCAGGUACAGUUUCAAGCUGCUGUUUGAUCAGGCGAGUCUGGGGCCCAUGGAGAGUCUUGAUGAGCUGUUCAGCACCCUGGAGGAGUAUGAGAGGGACUGGUACAUCGGCCUGGUGGCUGAGAAAGGCUGGCAGGACAGUGUCCUACAGGAGAAACCUUUCCUCUUCUCACUGGGCCAUGACCUCACCAUGGGCACUUACACGGGGCGGGUUCUGUCCCUGCAGGAGCAGCUGGUUCAGGUAGGCCAUCUGAACGGGGAGGGGGUGCGUGGCCAGUGGGCUAACCUGUCCUGGGAGCUGCUCUACGCCACCAACGACGACGAGGAGCGCUACAGCAUCCAGGCUCACCCUAUCAUGCUGAGAAACCUCACUGUCCAGGCAGCCGAUCCCCCUCUGGGGUACCCCAUCUACUCCUCCGUCCCACUGCAUCUCCCCUGCUUCUAACACCCAAACCUCGUGCUCUCCCUGGGACCUUCAGACUCCUCUGCUGGCCCCCUAUAAACACCGUCUCUGGUUUGCCCAGCUUUAUCACUGGGUAGGCCCUAUAUUGUGGCCUGUAUGUGUAACCCGCCUAUUUCACUAGGGUAUCCUAGGAGGGCACCUAUAAGGCAGAUCCAAACAAAUGGUUUCAUUCACAGCACAAUACUUAUGUUGAAAAUAUUUACGUAACUUUUCUUGUACGAAUUACCAAAUGUGUGGUACUAGUUCAAACAAUGAAAUGUGAGUGUUCUGGGAUAAAUCUAUAUUUACAAGGGAUAUGUUUGUUCUGAAUUAUCAUUCACAUACUCUGGAGCAAACAGUUAUCACUUGUCAAUGAAAUGUUUUCUUUUUGUACUGUAACGUUAGUUGCAAAUGUCUGUUUUUAUCCAACUUAUCCGUUGUACUUAAAGUGAUCAGAUACAACCACCUUCCGCAGAAGAAGACCGCCAACACAGUGCUCCCAAUUACAUGAUGAACUUAUCUUAAAUAUUUUCCCUCAAAUACUGCUAUGUAAUGCUCCCAAAGGCAAAAAGGGACAACGAAUUCGCUUUUUCGAGGAUGUGCCUUGGGUUGGACUUUGCAGUCUUUGUAAUGUGGUUAGUAAUUUUUGAUGCCAUCCUUUUGUUUACAGUUCACUUGUUUACAGUUGAAGACAAAAUUGUAUUUGUCAUGUUCUCCUGUAUAUACUGUUUUCGUAUACUGUGAUUUGUGUAUGGUGUGUAAUUGUACAUACAUAAAAUAGAUUUUUUUCCCCCCAAAAGAAACCUGAUCUGUUUACUGGAGAUUUAUCAGUGCUAUAGACAUUCAUUACAGAUUUGUGGUUAGUGCAUUACCUAAUUAUACUUCACCUUCCAAAAAAAUACCUAUGACUAAUUAGAAUUAAGAUUAUUUUUCCGUCAUCCCUAUUCUUCUGCCUUGUAAAUAGCGCUGCCAGCCUUUUAAAGCUUCCUAAAAUAUUUUCCUUUCACCUAAAUAGAAGAGGCAAUUAACCCAUUUCAAUGUGGAGCUCAAGCAUUAGGAAUGCAACAACAUCAUUGAAGUGCUCUUCAGGAAGUCUUGGGGAUUGUUAAGUAAGCAGAGUCUGCAUCCUGUAAGAGAGUGCUUCGUUUAAAAAGAAAAAGAUUUUUAAAUGCAGAUAGCCGCAGCGUUUUAUGUCCUGGGAAGAUACUGUCAAUCAAGAAAC